AUGACCGAGCAGACCAAAGCAGCGGCCCCAUCGGCACCAGGGGCCCAAUCACGUCCUCACUACUCCAGGGACUUCUUCUGGUCCCCCCUGUGGAGCUGGUGGCAGCAGCCCACCCCCAGUAGCCUCCUUCCCAACCAGGACUUCGGCCUGCCACCUUUCCUGGAGGCCGGAGACCUCCGUGACCUGGCAGCCAGCUCCUGGUACGUUCCCUCUCUGCCCCUCUUGGUGCCCUCCUUUCCGGCCCCGGCAUCCUCCAUGCACCAGCCGGCCCCCAGGCUGAGCAGGGUAGAGUCUGCAGGGUUGAAGGGGCUGUCGGAGGUCCGGGUGGAGGGGCACAAGUGGAGGAUCACCCUGGAUGUCAGUCACUUCUCCCCUGCAGAGAUCACUCUCAGGACCCGCAGUGGCUUCCUGGAGAUCGGAGGUAGGCCUACCUGUACUGAAACUAUAUUGAAAUGUUCCUGUAAUGUCAUAGAGUAGAUACUGGGCCUAUUUAACCUCUUAAGGAUCUGACCCUUUUUUCAAAUUUUCGCCUAAAAUGACAAAACCCAAAUCUAACUGCCUGUAGCUCAGGACCUAAAGCAAGGAUAUACAUAUUCUUGAUAGCAUUUGAAAGAAAACACUUAGAAGUUUGUGGGAAUGUGAAAUGAAUGUAGGAGAAUAUAACACAUUAGAUCUGGUAAAAGUUAAUAUAAACAAAAAAACAUGUGUUUUCUAUUAUCUUUUUUGUUCCAUCAUCUUUGAAAUGCAAGAGAAAGGCCACAAUAUAAUACUGCAGUUUAGGUGCAAUUUGGAUUUUGGGCACUAGAUGGCAGCAGUGUGUGUGCAAAGUUUCAGAUUGAUCCAGUGAAGCAUUGCAAUACUGGACUAUUUUGUAUCAAGUCUGCCCAAAUGUGCCGAAUUGAUCAAUUGAUACAUUUUCAAGUACAUAACUAUAGAGAACAUACAUAAAUAAUAUGGUAAUACGAAAUGUAAGUUUACACACUCCCAGGAAUGUCAUACAUGAUGGAUAAUUAGCUUAUACACUAUCUAUUUUUUCACUGUAAUAGCUACUGUAAAUUGGACAGUGAAGUUAGAUUAACAAGAAUGUAAGCUUUCUGCCCAUAUAAGACAUGUCUAUGUCCUGGAAAGUUUGGUGUCACUUACAACAGUCAUGCUAAUCACAUUAGCACACGUUAGCUCAACCGUCCCGUAUACGGGACACCGAUCCCAUAGAGGUUAAACUGAAAUGCCCCAGUUAUGUUAUAGCGCCAUAGAUACACAAUCAAUUGAAACUAAAAUGUUGCUGUGUUGUAUCAAUCAAUCAAUCAAUCAAAUUGAUUUAUAAAGACCUUUUUACAUCAGCAGAUGUCACAAAGUGCUUUACAGAUACCCAGCCUAAAACCCCAGAGAGCAAGCAAUGCAGAUGCAGAAGCACAGUGGCUAGGAAAAACUCACUAGAAGGCUGGAACCUAGGAAGAAACCUAGAGAGGAAUCAGGCUCCGAGGGGUGGCCAGUCCGCUUCUGGCUGUGCCAGGUUGGAGAUUGCAAGAGUACAUGGCCAUUAAGGCCAGAUCGUUCUUCAAGAUGUUCAAACGAUCAAGACGUUCAAACGUUGUAACAUAUGUAGAAGUUAUCCUGCAGCUAUGGUUGAGUUAUUAUAGCGCCAAUUUCAUUAAAAUGCUCGUUGUGUUAUAGCACAAAUAGUGUACUGAUAUGCUUCAGCAUUGUAAAGAUGCAUGAAGUGGCCUCUCUCUAUACAAUCAAAUCAUAAACAGUCUGGCUUUAAGUCUGGAUGCCCAUAGGACAGAGUCUGAGUGAGUUAGUGGAAUAACAACCUCAGGGAAAUGAAGAGAGCAGGGUUGUGGUGGCAUACAGCAAUACAAAUCUCUGUGAUGCAGUCUGGGGUGUAUUUACUAGCAACCAAACAGAACCAAAUGGAAACAAACGGAACCAAACGGGAAGGGACCUACCUGAAUUUGUCCAAUAGAAACUAUUUUUUUCGUUGCAAAACGUUUUCCGUUUCUGAGUAAACGGUUUCCGUUGCAAAAUGUUAUAGACUAAUGAAUACAGCUCUGCUGUCUCAGUGUUACCUAGCUCUACUGUGGGUCUCCAUUUUAUUAUUCAUGUUUCUAAUGUAACUGAUAUUUCAUCCUCAGGGACACAUGAAGAGAGACCAGAUGAGCAUGGUUUUAUUGCUAGAUGCUUCACCAGGAGAUACAUGUAAGUUUCCAAGCUGAUCGAUAUUCAACACAGUGUGUGAGUCAUAGUUUGAGAAAUGUAUUUAAGCUUCAACAGUUGAUGUUAUAGAAUCUAAUGUGGCAAGGAUAAAUGUUUUGAGUACUCAAUUUACUCUCGUUUACACCAACAUGUAGCAACAUAAAUGUUUAUGACAACUGUAUGUUAACAGUAUGAAUACCGUAUUCAUCAGCAUUAUGAACUAUGAAUAUUAUAAACGCAACACAACUGUUUUGUAUAGCUCAUGAUACUAUGUUGUAUUAAUGUCAAAGUGUGUUGUGCUGUGCUGACCCAGGCUCCCAAUAGGUAUUGCUUCUAAGACCAUAAGAUCCUCUCUGUCUGGUGAUGGCAUUUUGACUGUAGAGGCUUCACUUCCUGACCCCAGCAUCCCUGACGACAUCAUCAUUCCCAUUCAGGUAACAAAGGGCGAAACCCCAAACACCUCAACUGUACGUAGUACUCAUUGUCUGUUUUGGUCACUUGCUGGCCUUGGACACUUUAAAUAAAGGACAGAAUAGGAAGUAGGAAGCAUUAGUAUUUCCUUGUUUUCCUAGUAAUCCGUCCAUGUCAAUGUCCUGUCCUGUUUAUUAUUUUCUGUUAUGUACAUUAGAAGGACAAAGUUCGAACACAAAUAACCACAUGACCCUUAAUCAUAAUCUGUAUGCUUACUGUAUUUCCUUUAUUCCUGCUUGUCUAUCUAUGUAGGUGGAGAAGGAGACCAUAAAAGAAGAGGGAGAGGAGGGUGGUGCCAAGCCAGAGGAGACUACCGUAGCUGACACAGACUCCCAGCCUUCUCCAUCUGUCCCUGCUGUGCCCCCUGUAUCCCUGGAGACCCCUGACUUCACCCCCACAGAGCCUGGCACAAUGCCCCCCACAGAGGCACCUGAGGAUGGGGACAAGUUAGCACGGGAGGUCCCUGGAGAAAAGGCUCACCCAGACGGCGCCACGGCUGGGACAAAGAGGCACGAGGAAAAGAGAGGAGGAGCAGAGGAGGGGGAGACACUGGUGAAGCCAGAUGGAGAGGGAAGAGAGGGAGAGGUGUUUCCAGAUCCCACAGAGCCCUUUGAGCACCUUGACACCCCUGACUCCCCAGACACAGUCACGUCCGACCACGGGGAACAGAAAACAGACCCAGCCCAAGACCAUGACCAAGAGCUCCAUCACCCGGAGGGCUCAGGAGAGGCAGCCGAGGACCUGGCCCAGCCUGAGGAGCCUGAGCCGGGGACGAGUCCAUCAGUGGAGGGGGCCCACCACUCCAAGGAGCUGGAAGUUCCAGAGCACCCUGAUAUGGAGCAACAGGCGUACACCAAGUAG